CUCGAAAACCUGCUGGGGCUGCCCAGGACCAGGGCUGGAGACCCGUGCUGUAGACUGAGUUUGGUUGACGGAGGCUUUUAGCUGAUGCAAUGGAGAAGUCCGCUACAGUAUAUUGGUGGCAGUGGUGGGAUAUUUCGAUAGACAGAUAGAUCUUGUUGACGCUGUUAGAGAUAGAUGUAUUCAUGAUUAUUCUGAAAACUGGAAAAUCAAUAAACAGAGUUAAAAAACCUAAAUGUUGUGCUGCUUGUGGAGGUAUAGGCUGCCCCCCCCCCCCCCCCCUCGCUGUUCUCUAUCAGUUCUGCAGUGGGAGCAGUUUCCUCUCCUGCUUCCUGCCCCUAAUUCCUGUUUCCUGUCCAACGCUAUCCCCUCUGUUGCGCAGCAGAAAGUCUCCGCGUUGCCAUGGCGACAGCCUCAGGAAGCCCCCCCCCCUCGCUUCCCAGCAAUCAGGAAGCGCAUCACUCAGCAGCUUGGAGCUGACCUUUCACCCCUCAGUCUUGUUUGUUUCGUUCGUUCAUUUGGUGGAUUUGGGACAAAACUGAAUUCACUGGCUUGACCAGAAUGAAAGACCCGGGAGGCAGUCUGUCCCUCAGACAGACAGACAGACAGCAGGAGAUUCGCAGGCGCGGCUCCAAGGACCUCCUGUGCAAGCAGCAGCCGCUGCUGUACGACCCCCCCAGCGAGGGGGAGGGACCCCCCCAGCCUCCCCAGCUCUAUGACACCCCGGAGGGGAAGGGGGAGGGGCCGGGGGAGGGGGCGCUCCCCGAAAACGACGAGCGCCCCGCGGGGGAGUACGAGCAACCCUGGGAAUGGAAGAAAGAGGAGAUCGUGAAGGCGCUGUCCGUGCAGUUUGAGAGCUCCGAGCGUGCCCCCCCCUCAAAGGACGAGCCCCCCAGCCCUGCCCGGCCGCAGCACCACAGGCAGAAGAGCUGGACUCAGAAGGUGCUGAAACAGCAGCAGCAGCUGUCCUCGAGCCAGCCACAGCCACAGCCUGCAGGGGGCAGCAGCGAGGCAGCAGAGAGCAGGGUGGACCCCACACUGCCCCUGGAUAAGCAGAGCUGGUAUCAUGGCUCAAUCUCGCGGGGGGAGGCGGAGUCUCUUCUGCAGCCCUGUAGGGAGGCGAGCUUCCUGAUCCGGAACAGCGAAUCAGGAAACAGCAAGUACUCCAUCGCCCUGAAGACCAGCCAGGGCUGUGUUCACAUCAUUGUGGCUCAAACUAAAGACAGCAAGUUCACCUUGAACCAGAGCAGCUGUGUGCUGGACAGCAUCCCGGCCCUGGUGUAUUACUACACCCAGGAGAAACUCCCCUUCAAGGGGGCAGAGCACAUGGCUCUGCUCCACCCACUGCACCGGCACCACUGAUCCCCAUUGGCUUGCCUCUCUCACACAGCCCGCCCCCCUCCCCCCAUCCACACAGAUAAUCUGAUGACUGGGCAGGCGAAUGCAGCUCACUGUCCCUCUGGAAGUUGUGCGCUCCCCGCAGGAGGAUAAGGGAAGUGCAGUUGGUGGGGGUGGAAAUAAUAAUAUAUAUAUAUAUUUUUUUUUGGUGUGAAGUGAGCGGAAUUCUAUAUUUCUUUCUUUCAACAAUUAAAAAACUAAAAAGUGAUAACCGGCUGAUUUAUUACUGAAUGAUAUCAGCCCCUCCCUCUCCCUCCCGUCACUCAAAUACCAAUGGCUCUCUUUCACCUCUUCUCAUCCCCUCUCCAUCUCUCUCCCCCCUUCCUUUCUGUCUCUCUCCCCUUCCUCUCCCCCUCACCACGAGUUCUGGAAAGUCACAGGAACAGUAAAGAAAGCUUGUGUUUCUGUGCGAUUCCCUGUAUUUAUAAUAGAGAAUGUUCAGUUUUGCACGAAUCGUUGGUUUUUUUUGUGUUUGUUUUGUAACGUACAUGACGACUAUGAUGCCAGCUGCAAAAGCAGCGCCAAGGAUGACAACAACAACAACGACGACAUUAAAUAAAAUCAUUUCCAUUCUGUAAAGAAACAAAAACUAACUGUCCUGUCCCACUUCAUUCAAUACUGAAUACAGGGGGACAGCCUUAAUACUGAAUACAGGGGGACAGCCUUAAUACUGAAUAC